CCCCCCAGCCCCGGCUUUAGGGAUGGUGGCAGAGGGCUGCAGGCUCGGGGGGGUCCUCGGUGAGUAGCUGCCCCGUGAGGCGGAUUUCCACCUUGGGGUUUGGAUGCGGACGCAGAGAGAAGAUGGCGGCGGUGUUUAAAAUGGUGCUCUUCUUCCUCCUCUUCAUCAUGCAGGCCUGGGCACGACGUGGUCAAUCGGAGGUGGUCGGGGUUGUUCGUGGGGUGGCAUUGCUCAGCCCCAGCUGGCAAAACCAGACCUCCUACCACCGAAUCCACUGGCGGCGCAACAACUCUGUGAAGAUCGCCAGCCGGGACGGCAGGAUGAAGGUGCAGUACCCCAGCAGCACCUACAAGGGACGCCUGGAACUCUUCCUCAACAACACCCUAAAAAUCAGCUACCUGCAGAAAAAUGACAGCAGCACGUACCAGGUGUACCUGGAGGACGAGGUGGGCAAGGAGCACAUUGAGGACAUCCUCCUGACGGUCUAUGAUCUGGUCCCGAAACCCACUGUGAAUGCCAAAGUGAUCGGGGGUGACCCGGCGUGGUGCAAAGCUACCCUGGAGUGCUCGGUGGGGCUCGAAGGGGUGACCUACGAGUGGAUCCCCCCCAGCAAGGUCGUGCUGGAGGGUACGGGUGCCUCUAAGCAGCAUGUCUCCUUUGACCCCUGGAUAGAAACCUACAUCUGCAAAGUCAGCAACCCUGUCUCCUCCAACAACGCCUCGCUGACCUACAGGCCCCCCUGCUCCUGGACAGGUGAGUCCUCCUCUGCUGCAUCCUGCACCACCAGUGGCGUGCUGGUGGCCCUGGGACACCUCCUCCUCUUCGUCCUCGCUCUGGCUUAAGGACGCUCUGCAGCUGACAUGUCUCCUCGUCUCACCACCCCCUGCCACGGGACCAGCGCCUGGAUGAGGCCCUCAAACUGGCUGGAUGCAGAAGGAUGCGGUUGCUCAAAGGAACCUUUACAACCAGUGCCCGUUACACCAGCACCCGCCCAGUCUCAUCCACAGCUGCAUGCUUCCUGCCAGCCCAGGCUCUGGCUCCUCUGCUGCUGCCUUCAGGGUAGCUCCAUACCUCAGUUUUCAGGGCUCCUCGUGGAUGUGGGGGGGUCCUCCGGCUGUCGGCGAUGCCCCUUAUGGGACUGACAACCAGUGUGACAGUGCAUGACGCGUUUAGCCUGAAACUGGUAACACCAGCAUGGGUGCAGCUGGGUGCUGCCCAACCUCCAGCUCUGGAGCACCAGAGCAUCUCGAGGGGGCAGAGCUAAGGUGGCACCUUUUGGCUUUCUCUGCAAGGGAGGGUUCGGCAGGGCGAGUACAGUCUCUGCCUUCAGGAAUGUCUGUCUGUGUAUGCAUUAAAUCAAUUUUAACCUUAAA